CACAAUGUGAUUAACUAAUUCAAACCAAUACCAAAUGUUAAGAAUGCAUUUUAUUUAAGUAGUAACUAAUUUGAGAACGAUUAUGCACCUAUACAAAUAGAUAUAAAUAUAUAAAUAAAAAUUUCAAUAUUAAACAUUCCUUUAAUGUAAUAAUCAUUUUUAUUGAGUGUGUAACAUUGUAGAACAUAUUUUUAUUAGGAGAGCAUUUUGAAUAUCCCUACCAAUAAAAAUACAUAUAAACAAAAAUUCUAGACAAUAAAUUCAUUCGUAAUGGCAUUAUCUACACCUAAUCAAGAAUAUAGUUGGCAAGGAACAAAUCUACCUUUAUUUGGAAGUGACGAAGAUAAAAAAGUUACAAAGGAAUCUUGCUUUCAAGAAGAAGCUUGGUGUCCAGUUAUAAAUACACAUUGUCCACGAUUAUUUGUAUGGAGAGUUCAGGUAUGUUAUAGUUUGGCAAAUAAUAUUUUAAUUUAAUAUUGAUCUUCAUUUAUUUGUUUAAUUUUAUUUGUGUUUAAAAAUAAUUCCUACUUCAGAUACCGCUCCUUUCUAAGGAAUUUUCAUUAACUAUAUAGAUCCUUUAUGUUUUGAAAAGAUUGCUGCGACUUAAAUGAUGGGAUCGAAUAAAAAAUUCAAAAUUAGACCAGUCAAUGAAAAUGACUAUGGUCAUUUCUUUAAUGGAGAUUCAUAUAUUGUUUUGAAUAUAUAUCCAAAAGGUAGAGGACUUGGUUAUGAUAUACACUUUUGGGUUGGAUCAAAAAGUACACCGGAAGAAUAUACUACAGCUGUCCAAAAGACAGUGGAACUCGAUACUGUACUUGAAGAGCAGGCUGUUCAACAUCGUGAAGUUGAACGAUAUGAAUCAAACUUAUUUAAAUCCUACUUUUCAUGUUUCCGCAUACUGAACGGUGGAAUUGAAUCUGGUUUCCGUCGAACAACUCCAAAUGAAUAUCAGCCAAGAUUGUUGCAUUUCCUUCAAGAAGGUGGAAGAAGAUUUCAAGUACAAGAGGUGGAUCUUUCGAUUAAUUCAUUAGAUUCUACUGACGUUUUUAUUCUUGAUCUUGGUUCAAAACUAUAUCAGUGGAACGGAUCGAAAAGUAACAAGGAGAAGCGUUAUAAUGCUGCUCAAUUCUUAUUACAAGUCAGUAGCGAACGUAAUGGACGUUGUAAAACUGCUGUAUUGGACGAAUUGUUUACAAAUAGUAGCGAUGAAUUCUUGCAAUAUUUGCCAGAUAAACCAGUUUAUAGAUCCAAAAAGUAUUGUGAAUCAACAAAAUGUAUUUACAAGCUAUCUGAUGAAGACGGUAAUCUAUCAUUUGAUUUAGUUGUGAAAAAUCAUCUCCCUAAAAGAUCAGUUAAUGAAGAUGAUGUCUUUCUCAUCGAUGCAGGAUAUCAUUUAUUUGUUUACAUUGGAAGUAGAUGUUUACCGUGUGAAAAGCAAAACGCUUUAUCGUAUGCACAUCAUUACUUAAAAAACACAAGACAUCCAUUCAUUCCAGUUACUGUUAUUGGUUCUAAUCAAAGUUCAGAAGAACUCGAACAAGCAUGGGACAGAGAUAGAAGUACAAGUUAUCUACAGUAAAAUACAAACAAAAAUAACAAACAAAUAAAUAGACUUUUAUAUCACUGGAUUUGUAUGAAAUUAUUUCUUAAUAUUAAUAAACACACAUAGCAACCAGUCACUGUAUUAUUGUUUUUUUUUUUAUUCUUUGUAGUUAACUGAAAUGAUUACAAUGAUAUUAGCUGAUAUUAGCUUAACUUAAAUUUUAUAUUUAAUAUCAAAAUAUCUUUUUUUCAUAAAUAGUUUAUAUAUUAGAGUAUAGUUUCUUUUACAAGUUCACAAUGAUUAUACUCUUUUCAUUUUUUUCCCAGUAAUAGCUUAUAUCUUUUUUGUUACCUAUGUGGUUACUAAAAAAAAGACCAAUUAAUUUAGAAACUAUUUUAUCCUUUUCAAAAGUAUUUUUAUUACAAAGAUAGUUUUCUUUAAUAUUAGUAUAAUACAAUUCUUUGACUAAAUGUAAAUGAACCUAUUUUAAUAGGGUUUUAAUUGAUAUUAGAAAGAUAUUUAACAUUGAUUAAUACAAUUAUAUCAAAUAUGAGAUUACAUAUUGUUAAGUUAUAACGAAUUUAAUCAGCAUUUCUAAUAGUUAUUAGAGUAUGGAGAUCGAAUAUUGUUCAGUGAUUCAGAUCUAUGAUAAUAUAUAAUUUAAACUAAUAGAUGUUAACCAGCAUAAGCCCCCGAAUUCCAUGGUACGGCUGAGAGUGGGAAGAGUCCACUCUCCUCAAAAUGCUCUCACAUGACCACGCGUAUAUAGACUCUGCCUAGGAAGUCCUACUCACUGCAUU